AUUGGCGAAAGUUAGAAUCAAUUGGCCGUUUCUAGAUUUCUAACCCAAUGGCUGAAUGAAUAGUCAAAUAGCUCUCCUGGUAACCUUGUUGAAGAUCCCUGGUUGGCUGGUUUCAACAUGGAACUUUGCACCGCUGUGCAGCAGUUAGAGUCGCCACACUCCUUUCUUGUAGCACACAAAGCAAGAGAUGAGAUUAGAAGAAAUGCAAAAUAUAGACAGUAGGCAGGGAUAUGAGACAACAGAAAUAGUAAUAACGAAGAACAAUACAGAUUCAUUGGAAAUAAUAAGUCACAAUGAGUGGAUGAAUCUGCGCCAGCCAUCACUGAAAAUGAUUUUGAGCCGUAUCACUGAUUGUCUCCAGCCUCCAUUGGUGUUUACCGUCUCGAGGACCCCAACCAAGGAAGUCUAUACCUCCUUACGUGGCUGGCUGGCUGGCUGAAACUAACUG